UCCCACCGCUUGAUGCCCCCGCUGCCGCUAUCUCCUCCGGCACACGGAUUGCUACGCGGGUACAGAAUGGAUUACGGCGACCCUCUCGGGCUCCUCCGCAGGCGGGCAAUGCCGCGAACUGGUCCGUGCCCACGGAUUAUCCAAAGGAACCUGAAGAUCCUACUCACACAGUUAAAGUCAAAAAUCAAGAAAAAACAUAAGUGUGGUGGCUGCGAGUGGCCUGGGCCGACGACGUGAGGCGCAGGGCGGCGGUCAAUGUUAUUUGAGCGGGGGCCGCGGGCCUCGGCGAUCACAGAGCAGAGGAUGCAGAAAGCCGCCUACUACGACAACGCGGGGCUCUUCGGGGGCUACACCUACAGCAAGGCCGACGCCUACCCCUACGGCGCGGCCCACCAGCCCUACGGCCAGGCCGGCUUGGACAGCGAGUACCCCGGCUCCGCCUGCUCCGUCCAGGGCUCGGCGCCCGGACGCGCCCCGGCCCACAAGGGCAGCGAGCUGAGCGGGAGCUGCAUGCGGCCGGGCGGGGGCGGCCCCGGGGGCAGUCAGCCCCCGGGGAUGGGCGAGCAGCAACCCCCGGCCCUGCCGCCCUCCUCCCCGCCCAACCCCCCUCCCAGUGUGCCCCCUCCGAAAAAAGCCAAGGGGGGCCCAAACUCCUCGGGCUCGGCCACCGCCACUCUCAGCAAGCAGAUAUUCCCCUGGAUGAAGGAGUCCCGGCAGAACUCCAAGCAGAAAAGCACCUGCGCCCCCCCAGGAGAGAGCUGCGAGGACAAGAGCCCCCCCGGGCCGGCCUCCAAGAGGGUGCGCACAGCCUACACCAGCGCGCAGCUGGUGGAGCUGGAGAAGGAGUUUCACUUCAACCGCUACCUGUGCCGACCGCGCCGUGUGGAGAUGGCCAACCUGCUCAACCUGACCGAGCGGCAGAUCAAGAUCUGGUUUCAGAACCGCCGGAUGAAGUACAAAAAGGACCAAAAAGCCAAAGGCAUCAUGCACUCCCCCGUCGGACAGUCCCCGGACCGCAGCCCCCCCCUGAGCGGCCCAAACCACGUCGGCUACUCCAGCCAGCUCCCCGGCGUCAACAGCCUCAGCUACGACGCGCCCUCGCCCACCUCCUUCGCCAAGUCCCAGCAGAGCAUGUACGGGCUGGCCGCCUACACGGCGCCGCUGAGCAGCUGCCUGCCGCAGCAGAAGCGCUACGCGGGCGCGGAGUACGACCCCCACCCCAUGCAGAGCGGCGGCGGCGGCUUCGCCAACCCCAGCCUGCAGGGCAGCCCCGUCUACGUGGGGGGCAACUUCGUGGACUCGAUGCCAGCCUCAGGCCCCAUGUUCAACUUGGGGCACCUGCAGCACCCCUCCUCCGCUAGCGUGGACUACAGCUGCGCCGCACAGAUCCCCGGCGGCCACCACCACGGACCUUGCGACCCCCACCCUACCUACACGGACCUCUCCUCUCACCACACCUCUCAGGGACGGAUGCAGGAGGCGCCCAAGCUCACGCAUCUGUAGCGGGGCGGCGGCCGGCGGGGCCCGCUCCCCUCUCCAUUACCUCACUUUUCUGACGGGACAGUGUUACUGUGCUCUCGAGUGCCAACAGUAUUAGUGGAUUGUCUCC